AUGAGGGCCUACAGAAGCACCCUCCCAGCUCUGCGAGCAACAGGGAGACCAGUCACACGGAAACCGCAAACAUGGGCUCGUCACGCCAGCAACCGCUCUCGCCCCGAUUCCCAGGACGGAGGCGGCGGGAAGAGACUGGCUGGAUUCCUGGCCAUCUUUGCUCUGGGCGCCGGCGCUGGUGCCGCCUACUACUAUCCCGUCCUGUUCCCCGGCACCGACGCCGAAGCAGUCAAGCCUGUCAUCCCCAAGGCGCAGAUCAAGUUUGAGAAGGAGCGGCAGCAGGCUACCUCCAAGGAGCACAACCGGGACAUCAUCAGCUCGCAGCACGCGCAGGUUCGCCAAAGCUGGGAGAACCCUGGCGUGUAUGCGUGGGGCUCCAACGCGGGCAAGGUCGUCGACCAGCAGUCGAAGGAGACCUACGUCAAGCUCCCCAGGAGGAUUUCUUACUUUGACGGGAAGCUUCUGCGGGACGUCAAGCUGACGCAAAACUUUGGCGUCGCCGUCACCGAGGAGGGCAACCUCGUGCAAUGGGGCCUCGGCUUUUCCCAAGUCGACCCCAGCCCCGCGGAGACGCUCAAGGGCAAGAACCUCACCAAGAUCGCCGUCUCGGACGAUCGAAUCCUCGCUCUGGCCUCCAAUGGCGCAGUCUAUGCCGUACCGGCCUCGCUCGGCGACCAAGAUACCGCUGAGAAGGCGCAAGCCCGGGCGCAGCAGUCGUCGUCCUCCUCGUCCUCCUGGUUUCCUUUUUGGAGCUCGGGCGCAAGCGUCCUCGAGCCCAGCACCAUUCGAACCCUGACACCGAGCGGCCUCGCCCGCGGCGAGAAGGUCGUUGACAUCAGCAGCGGUCUGCAGCACGGUCUGCUCCUGACCUCCAAGGGCAGGGUCUUCUCCUUCGCGUCGAGCUUGUCUGGAUUCCCGUCCGUCGGACAGAUGGGAGUGCCCGGUCUCAGCUGGGCGACACGUCCUGAAGGCGCCUUUGACCAGCCGCACGAGAUUUUCGGCCUCAAGGGCUUCGAGGUUGUCAAGAUUGCCACGGGCGACAACCACUCGGUCGCGCUCGACAAGGACGGCAAGGUAUUUACGUUUGGCGACAACACAUUCGGCCAGCUGGGUCUCCAGUCCGAGUCCGGGUUCAAGAGCAUCGACGUGCCCUCUCUCAUCCCCGUGCCGCGUCUCUACGCGAACACGGGCCUCGUCCCGAGGGUGACGUCGAUUGCCGCCGGCGGACUCAACUCGUUCUUCACCGUCGACGCCACGCCGCCGGCGUUCACGGGCGACCGCAAGACGGCACGCACGACAGCCGACACGUGGGCCUGCGGCAGCGGCAUCCUCGGCACGCUGGGCACGGGCAAGUGGACGCACGUGUCGUCGAACCCGGUCAAGAUCAAGAACCUGUCGGGGCUCAGCGAGUACGACGAAGCCAACCACCAGGUGGUGCCGAUCCGGCUGGCGGACAUCACGGUGGGCAGCACGCACGCGGCGGCGACCAUGGCCAACGUGACGUACACGGGCACGACGGCGCGGGGGUCGGAGAACGACACCAACUGGGGCGCCGACGUUGUCUUCUGGGGCGGCAACGAGCACUACCAGCUGGGCACGGGCAAGCGGUCGAACGUCAACGCGCCGACGUACAUCCAGCCGCUCGACGGCGGGGCCACGGGCGAUUUCCACCGGUUCCAGCUGACGCCGCGCAAGACGGUCAGGCUCGGCGAGGACGGCAAGGGACGCAAGGCCAGCCUCGAGCAAAGGGUGGAGUGCGGGCGCAUGGUGACGGCCGUGUACUCGGCGGCGUAA